AUGCAACCAGAAAAUGAUCGUGAACAACGCAUUCGAAGCACCGCAGUACGGCAUGCACAAGACAUCGAAUCGCGUAAACGCCUACAAGCACAGAUCGCCGACCUGGUCGUUUCAGCUUUUGACCUGCCAUCGUCGCCCACUGCUGAUCCAGCCUCGCCACUCGCCUCAGACGCCACUCUCUUCAAAAGAUGUCUGGCGCUCUUUCGCCCUUCCGACCUGGAUGACCUGAUCUACGAACGCAACGUGGAUGACCGCUGCGGCUACGCACUGUGCCCACGUCCCAAUGAGAAGCUGGCCAAUGCUGGUCAAAAAGUCUGGAACCAGAAGGGCGGCAAGGAUUUUCGGCUUCUUGAUAAAGCCGACCUGGAGAAGUUUUGUUCUAAGGCCUGUCGCGAGAGGACGACUUUUGUGAGGGCUCAACUUAGGACUGAGCCGGCCUGGUUGAGACCGGAUGUCCAAAUCGCUGCUAAUGACCUAAAGUUGCUGGACGAAAUGAAUGGUACGGGAGUUGAGGCUGGCAGUGGAAGUUUGGUGGAAUCCCUAAACAAAUUGGCACUUGCCCAAGGCACCGACGAGGAGAUGGCCGAAAAACUUGAAGCCUUGGCUCUUGAGCGCGGCGAGGCCCAGAGUGAAAUCAGUGCGACCAAUAAUGUAUCGAUAAUUGAAAAGGAGAGCAAUCAGAUACCCAGUGCCCCUGUUCUGAACCGGGGCCGGGGACUGGUUGAAGGCCAUCAGCCUCGAAAAGUUCGCUUUCGAAAUCCUUGA